AGUGUGGGGGUGGGAUGGGGGGGAAAGAGACGACGACUGCAAACACGAUAAACCUUAUUGUAAUUUUUUUUAUAAAAAGAAAAAUCUGAUGACGGGACCCUGAGCUCAAGUUCCAUUAAUGCGAUCCAGAUGUGUUCUGCUUGGCUCGUCCAGAUUCCUGGCCAAUCAAUCAACAAACCCUCCACUGAAACUGGACCCUGCAGUCAGCUCGGGCUCUCUCAAGUCUGGAAACAUUGUUUUAUCAUUCGGAGGCAAUCGGAUCCUAUCACUGUUCUUCCUGCUGGGUUCAACUCAGUUUGAAAGAGGUUCCUGAAGCUUUAAAGAUAACAAAGCCAGGAUCCAGCCUGUGAACCAGCUCAGAACCAACCUGCCAACUUCAGGCCAGCCCUGUGCAAUCUCGCCUGGGGCGGCCUCAGGACCCAGGCACCAUGAGACUGCGGCGGAAGGGAGAUUUGAUCUGCACCUUCUUGCUGCUAACAAUAUUUUGCAUUUUGAUUUACAUCCAGAGGGACUCUGACUAUUCACUGUUAAAACAGCAAACCCGAACAGCAGAAACAGAAGCCGAGACAGCGCAGCCUCUGCUGAGCGCCCAUGUCACACCCAAAUCUAUCUUCAUUCCAACCCGGGUGGCGAUUGAGAAUAUUUGCCAAUCCCAACAAAGGUCGGAAAAAGGAGUCGUCCAAACAACCAUUGCUCCAACCUCUGACACUUUACCCAGCAGCUACCGACAGUACCUCAGGCAAAAAGACUGUCGUGAGUUUCAUCAGAUCAUUAACCAAAAAGACAAAUGUAAAAAGAUCCAAGGGGAACCAAUCCUGCUGAUCUCAAUCAAGGCUAGGGUGGAGGAGUUCGAACGACGUGAAGUAGCUCGAAAAACCUGGGCCAGAGAAGGUCUGGUCCAUGGGUUCCAUGUCCGUAGACUCUUUUUGUUGGGAUUUCCAACCAACCAGAGUGCUCUGUCUCUGUGGAGGCACCUGGUGGAGUACGAGAGUCAGGUCCACCAGGAUAUCUUACUGUGGGAUUUCCAAGACACCUUCUUCAACCUGACGUUGAAGGAGAUCCACUUUUUGAAGUGGGUCGAUGAAUUCUGUCCAGAAGCUGACUUCAUUUUUAAAGGAGACAACGAUGUCUACGUAAAUGUGGAUAACAUUGCUGAUUUUCUUGUGGAUUUCAGUCCAAAAAAAGAUCUAUUUGUUGGUGAUAUUAUUUACCAAGCUCUUCCCAUCAGGAGAAAGAAGAGCAAGUACUUUAUACCAGAGAUGAUGUAUGGCCAGGGGGUCUAUCCAGUGUAUGCAGGUGGAGGUGGCUUUCUCAUGACUGGUUACACAGCAAAGAGACUCUACCAGGCCAGUAAGGAGGUGGAGCUGUUCCCCAUUGACGAUGUCUUCUUAGGCAUGUGUCUGUUGAGGAUUGGCCUUGAACCAGUGUUUCAUAAAGGGUUCAGGACCUUUGGGAUAACCCGGCCAUCUGCGGCCCCUCACUUGCAAACAUUUGAUCCGUGUUUCUAUAAAGAGCUGAUGGUGGUUCAUAGUCUAAAAGUGGCCGAGAUUUGGCUGAUGUGGACUUUGCUACACGACCCCAAACUGAUCUGCACUCAUAAGGAAUCAAUAAACCUUGCAUUCCAAUGGCAAAGUCAAGCCAAAGACAACAUUUAACCUUGUGAAAUGAGAUCAAUAAAUCCAAAGAGAGCACUGCCACA